CGUUUCAAUCAGAAGCGUAAGAAACAAAGAAGGCAAAAACUUUACGAACUAAAAUAUUUUACUUCUGACUUUAAAACCUGUACUGCAAUCAAUCUAUCAAUUUUGUUUUUGUAGCUGGUUUCAUUUAUUUAUUUAUCCAAUUGAAAGUUUGUUUGACUCAUCUAACAAUGAAUUGGAUGAUUAGAAAAUCAUAUCCAUCGAUCAAGCUUUUUAAAGCAGAAAUAUUGUCAAUUAAUUCUUCACUAACAUAUUCUAAAAUACUUUCUUGCAAAUAUAGCAGUCGUCGCAAACCAGACGUUUCUGACAUACCUGAACUGAAUGAACCGCCAUUGAAAAAAUUUUAUGAAGCUUAUUAUCAAGCUGAGAAAGGUAGAGUCCAUGAUAAAAAACCUUGGAAAAUUAAAUGUGAAAAAGGAAAGCUAUAUUACUGGUGUGCUUGUGGAUGGAGUCAUGAUCAACCUCUCUGUGAUGGAAGAUGUGUACUUCCAGAAAUGAAGCUAAAAAUGAAACCAGUCUUAUUUAAACCAGCAAUAACAAGAGAGUAUUGGCUUUGCAACUGUAAACAAACUAAAAAUCGACCAUUUUGUGAUGGUUCACAUAACUCAGAUUUUGUAAAAGCUUCUCACUCUGUAAUACGAAGAAAAGAAUAAUGGUGUAAACAAAUUUGUAGUUAUAAAAUAAAUGUUAUAUUUAAUUUAAAAACUCAACUUUGGAAAUGUAUAUUGUGUUCAAUUUGUUGUUUUGAAUAAAAAGAAUUUUUGUUCUUUUA